AUGUCCGACUUGCCAUCACCUCACGGAGAACCAGCACCCUUCGACGCGCGCCUCUUCGAGCCUCCACCAUGGGUCAAGGAGCGUUUCGGCAACGCGCCACCCAAGCCUGCGAGCUCUGCAGACAGCGCUGACGACCACUUUGAAGAUGCGAGUGAGGGCGAUCUAGGUCUCGAGGAAAUUGAGGGAAUGACGCAGUUCUCAACCGACGAGCUCAAGAAGCUGCUGGCGCGGGCAGUGACGCUCAAGGAGCAAGGCAACAAGCAUUUCCUGGCCAAACCCCGGCAGCUGAGCAUGGCGCGCGAUUCGUAUUCUGCUGCUCUUGACCAUCUCCCAGAUAUGCCACCACGACCUGCCCAAGUUGCCCCCGAACUCAGCGGGAUCCAGGAGGUGACGGAGGAGGAGGCAGACGCUAUCAAUGCCGAGAACGCGCGCGAGAAGGAUACUGUGCGCGAAGAUGUUGAGCGGGAGAUACGCGAGUGUACCAAGGCCGUUUAUGGGAACCUCGGGGCCGUGUAUGUCGCACAGGAAGAGUGGAAACAGGCCGUAGACGCUUGCACCAGUGCUAUCAAGAUGGACCCAGGAUAUCUCAAGGCGGUUCACCGGCGGGCAGUUGCCAACGACAAGAUUGGGUCAUGGUCGUCGUUGUCGAGUGCACUGGAGGAUUACAACACCUUGGUGACCAAGCUGCCGCCGACGUCGCCCCAACUCCGCGAGGCGAAGAGAGCGCUUGCGACCCUCCCUGGCCGCAUUGCCGCUCAGCAAGAAAAGGAGAAGGACGAGAUGCUGGGUAAACUCAAGGACCUCGGCAACAGCCUGCUGGGCAAGUUUGGCCUCAACACCGACAUGUUCAAGUUCGACGAGCAGCCGGGUGGUGGCUAUAAUCUUCGUUUCGAGCAAGGUUAG